AUGGUGUCCCAUCACAAAUUCGUGCUGUCGACAGAUCAUGUCCCUUGGUCGACUGCACCCGCCUUUGGACGGAGCCGCUCGUCUUUCGUCCGAGCAAACGUGCGCCCGAUCGCCCCAUUAAGCACGUGCGAAGGGUAUCCGAGCGCCGUAAACUCCCUGAGCUUGCUCGUCACGCUGAGUGCGAAUCCCUCGUCAUCGCUUGCCAUCGCGACCACCUUGAGCAGGCAUCCAACCACGAUGCCCGCGUGGGCCGUACACCCCACCCCAACCCCUGCGUUCGGGGUAGAGCCUCAUCGCGCCCAUCCAACAGCGCCCAGCCACGGAAAAUUAUCGCGGGACGUUCCGAUGGCCGACGCCAAGGCACGGAAGCGGCCGAGGGUCGAAUGGACAGCGGUGGAGGCGGUGGACGGCGCGCGUGUCGUCUACAACCGCCCGUGCCAGAACCGGCCGCGGACGGACGAGAAGGGGCUGGACGCGACCAAGCGGGCGGUGCAGGCCAAGACCGACUCCUUCUGUGCGUGCUUCUCGCCGUCCGUGCGCGUGCGUGACCUGGGCUCCGGCAAGGAGAUCCUCAAGGACGGGCGCGCCUUCCGCACGCGAUACCAGACGGUCUUUCGCGAGAGCGGGACGGCGCUCGAGCAGCGGGUGUUGGCGCGGGCCGUGUUUGAGUCGGCGCGAGGCGGGAAGCGCUCGUUCGUGCUCGACCGCGAGCAGCACGCGUCGCUCAUCACGCCGGUGGGCGCGAUGCUCGACGGCACCCUCGGCCUUCGAGGGCCGCGUGAGCAAGGCCUGUGGGCGCUCUACGAGGUGGAUGCGGCCGAGCGGCAGAUUGCGGGCUGGGGCGCCUUCGCCGCCGUCGUCGAGCAGCGGCUCGGCGCGGGCUGGCGGGUGCGGAGCGGGCCGCUGCACUCAGUGCGUGUCGGGUCGCACGAGCUGCAGGGCCGGCGGCCGACGAUGGAGGACGAGGUGACGGUGGAGAGCGUCGCUGCGCCACACCUGGCGGGCCCGACGGGCUCGCCGCUCACCUUCCUCGGAGUGUACGACGGGCACGGAGGCAGGGCGUGCGCGCGGUUCGCCGCGGAGAAGCUGCACGCGGCGCUGCUCGCUGCGGAGGCGUUCGAGAGGGGGGCGGUGCUCCCCGCCCUGAGGGAGGCGUUCCUCCUCACCGACGACGCCUUCCGCCAGACCGAGGCCGACUCGGGCGCCUGCGCGCUCGUUGCGCUCAUCGUCGGCGGCCGCCUCUUUGUGGCGCACGUCGGCGACUCGCGCGCGGUGCUGUGUUCGGGGGCGGGCGGUGCGGCGGUGCGGCUGACCGAGGACCACAAGCCGGACGAGAGGGGCGAGCGGGCGCGCAUCGAGCGCGCGGGCGGCGAGGUUGUCUUUGGAGGCCGCUGCUGGCGCGUCACGCACCCGCGCACGCAAAUGAUGCUCGCGACGUCCCGCUCCCUCGGGGACAUCGCCUUCAAGCAGUCUUGGGAGCGGGCAGCCGCGGAGGCGAGGGAGGCGCCCCCGCCGCUCGGCGAGGGCAGCGCCGCGCCGGAGCUUCCGCAGCUGCUGCUCGCCGAGCCGACCGUUGCGGAGCGGCCUCUCUGCGCCGCAGACCGGUUCGUCAUCCUCGCGUGCGACGGCGUCUGGGACGUGCUGACCGACCAGCAGGCGUGCGACUGCGUGCGGAGCGCGCUGGCCGCGGAGAACGCGACUCCCACCGAGGCGGCCAAGAAGCUGGCGGGCGAGGCGUACGCCGCCGGCUCGACAGACAACAUCUCCGUGGUGGUUGCUGCCAUCCUGCCGUACUUGUGA